CCUUCUGACGUCAUCACCGGGCGCCGCGGCUCCCACCUCCUUCCACUUCGCGGGAGAAGUUGUUGGCGCGAAUGGAUCCCGAGCCCCGGUAACGGAUUCCCCAGCCGACAGGCCUGCCCGCCCGCGCCUUAGUCCGUGGGCUGCGAUGCUGUCAUCGCUUAUCACCUGAUGUUAAUAAUCUUUAAAAAAACCACCUCUGUAUGAUUCUGCAUAAAGCAUGUAAAUUGAGAGUGAAGUGAUUAUGCAGCCAUCAAAACAGACCUUCAUGCUUGUGUGGCAAUAGAUACAGUGUGCAUGUGCAAACAGCCAUCACUAUUUGAAUGAAGAAUCAUUUGGUAAUUUUAAAAGUGAAACUCCGAUGUGAAACCUUCAUUUCCUCCAGAAGCAAUAAAGAUAUUCGGAAAUUCUUUGGGGUUAUACCAAGUGGAAAGAAACCUGUAAGUGAAGCAGUAAAGAAGAAUGAGAAAACAAAGUCCGCUGAAGAAACCUUAAAAGCAAAGAAAGGAAUAAAGGAAAUCAAGGUAAAUAGUUCUUGUAAAGAAGAUGACUCUAAACAGAAGCAACCAAACAAGAAAAAGAGGAUCAUCUAUGAUUCAGAUUCAGAAUCCGAGGAGACAGUGCAGGUAAAAAAUGCCAAAAAGCAACCAGAGAAAUUGCCAUUGUCUUCUAAACCUGGUAAAAUUCUACGCCAGGAUCCUGUUACAUACAUUUCAGAAACAGAUGAAGAAGAUGACUUCAUGUGUAAGAAGGCAGCCUCUAAAUCAAAAGAGAAUGGAGGAUCUGCAAAUAGUUAUCUUGGAGCAGCAAACAUGAAAAAGAUUGAAGAAAACACUAAGACCAAGAAUAAACCUUUAUCACCAAUAAAACUUACCCCCACGUCAGUGCUUGAUUAUUUUGGAACUGGAAGUGUCCAAAGAUCAGAUAAGAAGAUGGUAGCAAGCAAAAGAAAAGAGCCUUCACAAAAUGCAGAUGAUUCCAGAUUAAAUGAUGAAGUCAUCGCCAAGCAGUUGCAACUUGAUGAGGAUGCAGAGCUGGAGAGACAACUACAUGAAGAUGAAGAGUUUGCCAGAACGUUAGCCAUGUUGGAUGAAGAACCCAAGACCAAAAAGGCUCGGAAGGACCCAAGAGAGAGAGAAGCGUUUUCAUCUGUCCAAGGCAAUUUAAGUAAAGCAGAAAAACAUAAAUCUCCUCAUAAAGUAAAAACAGAACAAUUUUCAGAUGACAGAAAGAACUGCAGUCCCAAGAAGCAAACUAAAAUAGGAUCUCAGCAACAUUUGAAGUCAUCCCCUCACAAAAUAGGAGAAACUUCUCCAAAAACCAGUUCCAAGGUAGCCCUUUUGAAAAAAAAGGGAGAGAGUUCUUAUAAAGAAACAGAGCCUGUGUCUUCAAAAAGAAAAGAAAAUGCUGUUGAAUUAAAAGGACAGACAAAAACUCCUAAGAAACCCAAAAGUUCUCCAGCUAAAAAAGAGUCUGUAAGUCCUGAAGAUUCUGAGAAGAGACGCACUAAUUAUCAAGCUUAUCGAAGCUACUUAAAUAGAGAAGGCCCCAAAGCUCUGGGCUCCAAAGAAAUACCAAAGGGAGCUGAAAAUUGCUUGGAGGGCCUUACAUUUGUAAUCACAGGAGUGCUGGAGUCCAUUGAACGAGAUGAGGCCAAGUCUCUAAUUGAGCGUUACGGGGGCAAAGUAACAGGAAAUGUCAGCAAGAAAACAAACUACCUUGUCAUGGGUCGUGAUAGUGGACAGUCCAAGAGUGAUAAGGCAGCAGCCUUGGGGACAAAUAUUAUUGAUGAAGAUGGCCUAUUGAAUCUGAUUCGAACUAUGCCAGGCAAGAAGUCUAAGUAUGAAAUAGCAGUUGAAGCUGAGAUGAAGAAAGAGAAGUCCAAAUUGGAAAGAACACCUCAAAAAAAAGACCAAGGAAAAAGAAAAAUUAGCCCAACUAAAAAAGAGUCAGAAUCUAAAAAAAGCAGACUGACUCCCAAAAAGGACAGCUCCAUAAAGUCAGUAAAAAAGGAAACCAGUAUGUUUUGGAGAUGCCUGGACUUCGAGGAGCAGGUGGCUGAGGAGACAAACGGUGACAGCCGGGCUAGGAAUUUGGCUGAUGACAGCAGUGAAAGCAAAGUGGAAAAUUUGCUCUGGGUGGAUAAAUAUAAGCCAACCUCGCUCAAGACCAUAAUUGGACAGCAAGGUGACCAGAGCUGUGCAAACAAACUCCUCCGCUGGCUCCAGAACUGGCACAAGAGUCCAUCCGAAGAUAAGAAACACGCAGCGAAGUUUGGUAAGUUUGCUGGCAAAGAUGAUGGCUCUAGUUUUAAAGCAGCGCUGCUCUCGGGCCCUCCAGGUGUUGGCAAGACAACCACAGCCUCUCUGGUUUGUCAGGAAUUGGGAUAUAGCUACGUGGAACUGAAUGCAAGUGACACUCGGAGUAAGAACAGUUUGAAGGAGGUUGUUGCUGAAUCACUGAAUAAUACCAGCAUCACAGGCUUUUAUUCAACUUCUCAGCAUCGGUCAGGCGGAGCAGCCCAUUCAGUAAGCACGAAACAUGCUCUCAUCAUGGAUGAAGUAGAUGGCAUGGCAGGCAAUGAGGACAGGGGAGGAAUUCAGGAAUUAAUUGGUCUGAUAAAACAUACAAAAAUUCCCAUUAUUUGUAUGUGCAAUGAUAGAAAUCAUCCCAAGAUUCGUUCUUUGGUUCAUUAUUGUUUUGAUCUUCGUUUUCAAAGACCUCGAGUUGAACAGAUUAAGGGUGCUAUGAUGUCUAUUGCAUUUAAAGAGGGUUUGAAGGUCCCCCCUCCAGCUAUGAAUGAAAUAAUUUUGGGAGCCAAUCAAGAUAUCAGACAGGUUUUACACAAUCUGAGUAUGUGGUGUGCACGAAGUAAGGCACUAACCUAUGACCAGGCCAAGGCUGAUUCUCAUAGAGCCAAGAAGGAUAUCAGACUGGGCCCAUUUGAUGUUGCCCGGAAGGUGUUUGCAGCUGGAGAGGAGACUGCUCAUAUGUCACUUGUGGACAAGUCCGAUCUGUUCUUUCAUGAUUACUCAAUAGCACCCCUCUUUGUCCAGGAGAACUACAUACACGUGAAGCCUGUAGCUGCAGGGGGUGACAUGAAAAAGCACCUGAUGCUUUUAAGCAGAGCAGCAGAUAGCAUAUGCGAUGGUGACCUAGUGGACCGUCAGAUCCGGAGUAAGCAAAACUGGAGUCUUCUGCCCGCACAGGCCAUUUAUGCCAGUGUUCUUCCUGGAGAGUUAAUGAGGGGGUACAUGACUCAGUUUCCUACCUUCCCAAGCUGGUUGGGGAAGCACUCAUCUACCGGCAAACAUGAUCGUAUUGUACAGGACCUAGCACUGCACAUGAGUCUUAGAACUUAUUCCAGCAAAAGGACUGUAAACAUGGAUUAUCUGUCCCAUGUAAGGGAUGCACUUGUACAGCCCUUGACCUCACAAGGGGUAGAAGGAGUACAGGACGUUAUUGCUCUUAUGGACACCUACUACUUGAUGAAAGAAGACUUUGAGAAUAUCAUGGAAAUUAGCAGCUGGGGAGGCAAAUCUAGUCCCUUCUCCAAGCUGGACCCCAAGGUGAAAGCAGCCUUCACAAGAACUUACAAUAAGGAAGUCCACCUUACUCCAUAUUCACUUCAGGCAGUAAAGACACCUAGACACAGCACAGGCCCAGCACUGGAUUCUGAAUACAAUGAAGAGUUAAAUGAAGAUGACUCUCAAUCUGAUGAGAAAGACCAAGACUCUGUGGAAACUGAUGCAAUGAUCAAGAAAAAGACAAAAUCUUCAAAGCCUUCAAAAUCAGAAAAAGAUAAGGAGUCCAGAAAAGGAAAAGGAAAAAGUUCAAAGAAAUGAAAUGAAACUGUUUUUCACUACUGACAGCCACUUUUUACUCACCCCGUUGACCCGUCUAGCUUGUCUAGAUAAUGCCUUGUUUUUUCCAAAGGAAUCAUAUUUUAGCAUAAUGGGGCAACUCAGUGGUCCCAUUAUAAAUAAACGGUGGUACAGCUAGAGGGAUGUAACCGGUAGGCUAACAUACACCUCUUAUAGAGGUUGAUAGGACUGCUUGGGUCCUCCACUGUCCCCUGUCAAUCUAAUUAGAUUGUGCUUCAUAUUGACUGUAUAAUCAGAAACUACAUGUGAGCUUUGGAGUCAGAUUUUAGUUAACAGUAUAUGCCUGGGAACAUUGGUACUAAGGCAACUUUUGUAGGCUUAAGAAUUUAUCCCAAUGGCCAUUAUAGGACCGAUGCCGAUUUUUUUAAAAAGGUAGUUACUAUUAUGUGGUGAAAUUUUGUAAAUAAAUCAUAAUACAAAACAGUCACCACCUAGAACUGGUGUUCUUUGUAUAUUGUCAAAUAUCUUACAAAAUAUAAAUCAGGAAUAAACAUGUUCCACAUGACACAUGUGCAAAUUCUUAAAAAUGUCAUCUUGUACAGUAAAAUAGUAUGUUGGUAUAUUACAUUCCUUAUUAGUUUGCAAAUGAUUGGGUAAAAAGCUAACUCUUCCUCACUAACCAGUUGUGUGAAGCAGAACUUUGGCCGUUAGACAGUCAGAACUCUCAUUCCCAACUUGAUUACCUCUAUGAGUGCCAGCCAUAUCUCUGUUGUGAACAGCAUGUCAUGGACAGGCCUCUGUGGCAUCACUGGGGGGGAUGGGCGGCUGUAAAAGGAUUGCCACAUUUUUAGCCUUCCAGAGUCUCAACUCAUCAGGUUCAAACCAGUAGGGUCUAGGUCAGGUCAGAAUCUUAGUCUCACUCUGACUUGGGACAAAAUGAAUGCUGGCUUUUGUUUGCCUCUGGGAGCUCUGGUUCUGCCCUGUGACUGAUUCCACAAACCAUACUGGAAUUUUAGAUUGUCCCUGUAACUGUACUUGCUGAGUAGCUCUGAGGCUGUGCAAGUAGCCUGGAAUUUAGCUGUCUAGCUGUUUUGAAAUUUUGUCAGGAAAUGUUCAGAGGUAUGUGCUAAAAGGAAUGUAAAAUUAGGAUACUAUUUCCUCCCUUUAAGUAAUUGACAGUAUUGUUUGGGAGGUGAGACAUGAAGUUCUUGAGACAUUUAAAGUGUACUUACCAGUGUGAAAAAUGUCUUUCAUGUAGACUAAGUUCAUUAUGGGAAUAAAAUGUUGCCUUCAGUCUUGCCCCUCUCUUUGUUAAAGCCCAGCUCGAAACUUCUGCUUCAGUGAAGAUCUCCUUGAUUGACGACUGCCUCACCUCACCAGUGGGGUGAGCAUGGCUUUCUUUCGCAUAUUCUUCUGUUUCUAUUGCUUUUUGAUAUGAAAGUCAUGUCUGCCUACUUGUUUUUUAUUCGCCAGGAAAGGGAGUGUAAUCUCCUUGCAGCCAGAACAAUGAAUAUGAGUUUACUUGUAAAUUAUGAUUUUGUUAAUAAUUCUAAAUACUCUGUGAUUGAUUGGCAUAAUCAAUGUAUAAGAUAAAUAACUUUUAGAGUUAGAGGUUAUAAAUACGCUCUUUAAAAUAGGAGGACAACAUGGAUCUGCUGGAGCUACGUGAUGGCCACGUAUCUUUGCAGAAUAAAACUGCAUACUUCUUUUGACAUCCAUUGUGUCUUGGCCAUUUUGGAAGCUGUUACAAACUACUGUGCUUUAUCCUUCAUCCUUUUAAGUUUUUGCGGUCCAUUAUUGCAGCAACAUUAUUUGGCCUCUUGAAGUUAUUAACAAGGAGCAGUGUUGUAUGUACUGGGAGGAGUAUCUUCCUAAAUAAGUUCUGGUGUAAUUAUGCUUAUUAGUGAAUGUUUAAAGCCCAUAACUCCCCAGAUAUGAUGUGCUUUACUCUCACAGAUCCUAAGUGCCUAUGGCUCUUAUUCCUAUAACUUUACAACAUCCCUCCAGUGAUAAUGGGAAAACAAGAGGAUGAUAGGUGGUUUAAUGAUAAUGACUUGUAUCACUUAGUAAAGCCAAGGCCUCUGGCCUAUUCUCUAGCCAGGCUUUGUGGGAGGAAGAUCAGAUCAUAAAGUUGGAGGCAUCAUGUAUGUGGAUACUUGGAUGUGAUAAAACAUUAUUGUCCCUUGGGUAUUACCAUAGGCUUGCAGGUACCUUUGUAAUACUCAGGAUGCUGGUGGCUAUGCUGUUAACAUUCAGAGUUAGGCUAUUUGCCUCAUUUCUGCCAGCUGCUCAGACUUUGGUGACAUUGGCUUUGGCUGACAAGGAAGCAUAUACUGAUGCAGGAAAAAUGGCGGUGUGUGUGAUAUGGGGAAGAUUCUGGAAAAUGUACAUCUUCAGGGGAAAUCAAAUGAUUUAAUUUUGUGAAAGGAAUUAACAACUCAGGAGAUAGCUUGUGGUUUAUAGUUUCAUUCUUUCAAAUUGGUGUUUUUAUUCUAAGACUGAUUGUGCUAAACUUCUCAUUUCAAACUUUUAAGUGUUAAUGUCUGUGCUGCCCAGACUUCACAAUGCUGUCUCCCUUUUUCUAUCUCCAAAUCCAGGAAAACAUUACAAAUAUCUAAUCAACAAUUUUAUUUUAAAGGAGAUAUUUCAAAAUAUAAAAGUUAUCAAAAAGUUGAAUAUUUACAGUUACAUCAUAGGCUACUGUAUAUGUAAGACUUUGAAGAGGAACUCUACAAAGUAUAACAAACAGCAAGGCUAUAUGUCACUGUUUUGCCACUCUACAAUGGCAACUGUACAAUGUCUGUGACCUGGAGAGUCUUUCUUUUUUCUGUAUCCAAAAGCCACCAGGAGUAGAAACUUGGCCUCCUGUGGAAUCUUUUCAGCAGGAACAUAUCUAGAAAAGAAAAAAAAACCCAAGCCCCACAUCUUUAGAAUGUUUAAGUAACUGGCAGGCACUAAUGAAGCCAAGCUAUACUAAAGAAGUUUUUGCUCAUUUCUGGAAUGUGGAGCAGGAUGACUAUUCAAGUUAGAAACCUCUGGUCUGUAAUCAGUAUUGAGUUUAAAUCUGAAAGUGUACAUGCGAACUGUUAAACUGUUAUAAAGUGAGGGUGAUGGUAAUAGCCACUUUCCUGGUAAGAAUGGGAAAUUGCAAGGUAAGUGCUCAGCAAUCUAUGAAGAUUUUCCUGAAACUGAAUGGUCAUUAAUGGUUCCUUCUCUAAAAGGAGUCAGUGAACAGUAGCCUCAGCUAAUAUUCAUUGUACAAUAAGACAUUUAUAGUGACUUUUUAUAGUCACAAUUGUAGCAUAAUCAUAACUUCCAUAUAGGAACCAUGGGACUAAGCCUCUACUUUAACGCAGGGAUAGUGUGGAGAGAGUCUAUGUUAAAAACAUAAGAUCCUCCUUUGGUGGAAUUGCAGAGUAUCCUCCUGCAGAUAAUAGUUACAAACUCAGGACAAAAUAUAACUACUCAAAGGCAUUGGAAGAGCAACCAAAAGCUGGUAGAGAUUGGAAAGGUGUAAACUCUUGAAAAAAGAGAAGUCCACUGGGUAAGAUUCAUCUUCAUAUGUGUUUGCACCUGAGGGUAAGUCCAUGAGGACCGUGAAGUCAUAGUCUUACUAGCUCAGAGAGAGAAUAGAGUUUGGGCUUGCCAGAACUACUGAAAUGAUAGGGAUAAUAUCCCGAAAAUCUGCAUAUAAACUCCAUGUAAACCCUUGAACUUCACAGGCUUAGAAGAGACUUUUAUGCUGGACUAGAAGAAGCACAGUUCCACGUUUAAGGGAAUGCCAUGUGUUAGAAAACUGAGGGCUGCUUCUAGGAUCUGAGGGCCCCGGUACUCUCACGGUAAGAAUGGAAUUCACCAACAGGCUGGACAAGAGUCUCACAUUAGAUUGCAGCUCCAACCAACUUGGAGCCUUUUGAGAUCCUGAACAGAAGACUCUGCUAAGCCGUGCCUAUAUUACUGAUCCACAGAAAUUGUGAGGUAGAUAGGUUCUGGUUCAAGAUGGCAAUGUAGGAAGAUCCUGAACUACCUCUUCCUAUGGACGCAGUGCAUCUACAGCUACAUAUGGAACAAGUCCCUCUGAAAGAGAUCCAGAAACUAGCUGAGCAACUGCUGCAUAUCAGGUGAAAAAGAAAAAACCCACAUCAAAAACAGGUAGGAGAGGGUGAGAAAAUUUUGCCAUAUACUCUCCCCCCCCCCCCAAUGAAGACACACAACCAGGAGGGAAUUCAACAACUCCUAGCUUUCUCCCUGAGGAGUGAAGGUUUUGGACCCCCCAUUUCAUGCCCUGACUUUUAAGACUUCCACCUGAGAGAUGGGCCUCCAAAACCUCUAGCUUUAAAAGGCAACGGGCCUUGUAUCCAUGAGAACUAAAAGGAAACAGUUCAAAAUGAGAUCACAUGGACCCACAGUGGCUAAUCCCCCAGGGCCCAGCUCAGAGGUAGCAGACUGAAGUGCACCCAGUCUAUGUGAAAAAGGCCUAUUAAAAGCUUUGGCUUGAGGGGCAGGCUUCUAAUUUAACACAUACUUAGGGGCCAGCUGCAACACUCUGCUGAGACUGCAGGGCUAGCAGGCACCAUCUUUGUGUUCUUUCUCUGCCUUGUGCCAGGUGGCUCUCUCAAAAAGGAGCUUGUGCACAAGUCUGGCACUCCAGUUUCUGCUGCCACCCAGGGGACACCCCUUAAUCACCUAACUCUGGUGGCCAUCAGGGUUUUACGUUUGCAAGUCCCAACUGGACUGUCACAGAAACCAUUCUUAACCAGCUAGUCUUCCAGGCCAUAAUGCAGAGGCAGCAGACAGAAAUGGCCGGUCUUUAUGAAAGAGGCUUAUUUGCUUAAUUUAAUAACUGUGGCCUGAAGGUUCACCUUCCAAUCAGCCUGCAUCUAGGUGCUGACUGAGAUUCCCCCUUCAGGAUACUGACAGGUCUUGGGAGCAACUAAGAAGGAAGAACCAGGGUAGUGUUGAAUGGUUAGGCUCAUUUCCCACAUGCGGCCACUCCUUCAAGACUGGGAGAGGUGGCUGUCUUAGCUAAUGUGUAGAAACCAACACAGAGUCAAUGAAAAUGAGGAAACAGAGGAAUAUGUUCCAAACAAACAGGUAAAACCUCAGAAAAAGACCGUAAUGAAAUGGAGGUAAGUGAUUUACAUGAUAAAGAGUUUACAGUAAUGGUCAUAAAAACAAUUCAUUAACAAAGUGAAGAAAGUACUAAACAAAUCACAGACUUGAAGAAUACAACCACUGAACUGGAUAAUACAAUAAAAAGUCUCAAUAGCAGAAUAAAUGAACAGAAAGGAUCAAUGAAACUGAAGACAGGUCCAUGGAACUCAGCUAAUCGGCACAGCAAAAAGAUAAAAGCAUGAAAAAAAGUGAUUACAGUUUAAGGGAUUUAUGGGAUAACAUCAACCAAUAUUCACAUUAUAAGGGUCCUAAAAGAGAGGAGUGAGUCUGAAAAUUUCCCUAACUUGGGGAAACAGACAUCCAGAUCCAGGAAACUCAGAGUUCCAAGCAAGAUGAACCCAAAGAGACCCACACCAAGACACAUUAUAAUUAAAUUGCCAAAAGCGAAAGGAGAGAAGCAACUUGUUACAUACAAGGGAACCCCUGUAAGACCAUCAGCAACUUUUUCAGUAGAAACCUUUGCAGAUGAGAAGACAGUGGCGUGACAUAAACUGCUGUGAAAGAAAAAUGCUAACCAAGAAUAUUCUACCUGGCAGUGUUGUCCUUCGGAACUGAAAGACAGUUUUCCAGACAAGGAAGACCUAAGAAGUUCAUCACCGCUAGACCAGCCUUAGGAAAUGUUAAAGGUGCUUCUUUAAGCUGGAAGUGCUGGUUAAUAAGAGGAAAACAUAUGAAAGUAUAAAUCUGAAUGCUUAAAGGUUAAUAUAUAACUUCAGAAUAAUCUUGUUGUAAUGGUGGUGGGUUAAUCACUUACAAAAGUAAUAAAAAUAACCAUCAUGACAGUAAUGGACACCCAAGAUGCAGAGAUACAAACUAUGACAGUAAAAACAAUGGGGAGUAAAAAUGUAGAGCCUCAAAAAAAAAAAAAAAAAAAAUGUAGAGCCUCAGAACUUACCAACUUAAAA